CAAAGAUGGGACCUCAUAAAUAUAGAAGAAAUUUAUUUUUCGAUGUGUUCAAUGGCAGAUCAAACUACAUCGAUCUCGGACUAUGCAUCACAGCUCGACCAGCCCCUCGAACUGCAAGACCUUUAGCAGGGCUUCCCAAUCCAUAUCCAUAUGGCUGCUCGGUGCUGUGUAAUCAUCCGAAGGACCCCGAGCUAAAAGAUGUCGUGUGGAGGCCGAGAAUAUCAUCGACACAUGAAGGCGGAGCAGAGCAUUACGAAAAUGCUAAAAUGAUGAAAAGAGCUAAUCGAGCAGGAUUGCCACACGAUGAAAGAAGCAUUUUCCAUCACAACUGGGAGCAAAAGAUUAUAUCAAAUGCGCUGGGAUCAUACGCUGAAACAGGCAGAGCUUAUCCCACAACGUCUUCCGCUAAUCAACUGGCGAUACGGAGAUGCGCGAGCGGUGGACCUUCACCAGUUGAAAGGCGUUCGCAUAAAACGGAAGGGAUGCUCGUUCUAGAUUUGCGACCAUGGAAAAGUUUCGACAAUGUUAGCAGUAUUGCGGACGGCCAGCACGAACCUCUCGACAAUUUUGAACGAUUCGAGUUAAAGAGCCCUCGAACUAGGAUGCAGGACAAGCCAGGCCGAUCGACAAGACCCAUUAGAAGGCCGGAAACAUUCCUGUCAAAGUCUUUCAAAGAGAGUAAAAAGGUGCCGAAGCAGUCUUCAUCCAAAGGAGCAAGAAGCUUACGCAACCCGGAUACAUCGGUUUUGGACGAAAAUGUGUUCACCGGCUACGAUGCUAAUAAUUUAUCCGAUCCUAUGAGGGAAAUGGAUCUCAGCGAUGGUUUUCCCCUUGCGAAAACUGAGGAUGAGCCGGUUUUUCUGGAUCCAAAACUAAACGGAGCUUUCAUAAACGAAGUCGGUGCUCAACCACCAAUUGAGGUUUGUGAAGAAGCGGUAAAAAACAAACAACACUCUGUAGAAGAUCUCGAGGAAAGUCUACGUAAUCUCCAAGUCGAAGACUACCACAACGGGAAUAAUGACGUCUUGUAUCAAGUUGAAGGCACAGUCGCAGUGGAAGACAUGUCCUGGCUGUAUUUUCCGCGAGCUGGCAACAAUUUCGGAGCACGGUUUGAAUUGCCCAUAGAUUUGAGAAAACUAAAAAAUGAUUUUACCUGCGCAGCGAUGACUCCUCUUGAAUACUUGUCGCAAUAUGUUGUUGCGACGCGUUGCCGACAAAGACUAAAUGACGUAGUCUUUGAACGACACGCCACAGAGUCAAAGCUCUCUACUGAGAAACUUUUCCUUUCUCUAACCGAAAUCCUCGGGUUCCACUUGGAUUCGCAAGCAGAAGAAAAACUGUCCGAGUUGAUAGACUUGGUUUCUGUUUCUGAACUUACCCGAGAGCAGUUCGCUGGUAUUGGAGCACUAGCCGAACGCAUCGGACGCAGUGGCAUCAGUCGACGUGAUGAUUUAGAGUUGGCAGACUUUGAUCUUUUACAUAAAAAGAUGUCUUAUUUGGAAAUGAGCCAAUUUCUCCGAAGAUUAUUUUUAUUCAUUAGUGAAAUAGAAGAUCUUGUCUAAAAAAAAUGAUUUAUGACACAAAUUGAAUAAAACAAAAAGGACCUUGUUUAUCA